AUGAGGAAAGGCAUCCUCACAGCAGUGGGUGGCGGCAUACAGGAGGUGGACAUCCAAGGGCUCAGCAUGCAGGAAAGGCAAUGCCUCAUCCAGCGCCUCAUCCGUAUCCCUGAGGAGGACAAUGAGAGGUUCCUUCUGAAACUGCGUGAACGGAUGGAGCGAGUUGGGAUUGAGAACCCAACGAUAGAAGUGCGGUUUGAGCACUUGACCAUCAACACGGAGGUCUAUGUUGGCAAACAGGGAGUCCCAACAUUCACCAACUUCUUCUCCAACAAAGUCAUGGAUGCGCUGACUGCUUUGCACAUUAUCUCCAGUGGGAAGAGACCUAUCUCCAUCCUUCAUGACAUAAGUGGAAUUGUAAGACCGAAUAGAAAAUUAAACUAGAUAAGGUUCUAACAUGGCUUCUUCGAUGAACUUUGUAAUGGAAUUAUUCAGGUAUCAGGAAGGGUGACUUAUAAUGGACAUGACAUGGACGAAUUUGUCCCUCAAAGCACAUCGGCAUACAUCGGGCAGCAUGAUGUUCACAUAGGUGAAAUGACGGUCCGUGAAACAUUGGCAUUUGCUGCAAGAUGUCAAGGAGUUGGAACACGUUAUGAUAUGCUUACUGAACUCUCAAGAAGGGAGAAACAAGCCAAAAUUAGGCCUGAUCUUGACAUUGAUGUUUACAUGAAGGCCAUCUCCCAGGAAGGACAAGAGAACCUCAUUACUGAUUACAUCCUCAAAAUUUUGGGUCUGGAUAUCUGUGCAGAUAUAAUGGUUGGAGACUCUAUGAUCAGAGGUAUCUCAGGGGGACAAAAGAAGCGUGUCACAAUUGGUGAGAUGCUUGUUGGGCCAGCUAAAACACUAUUCAUGGAUGAAAUCUCCACUGGUCUGGACAGCUCCACGACCUAUCAGAUCAUCAACUCUCUAAGGCAGUCGGUCCACAUCCUUGGUGGCACUGCACUCAUCUCAUUGCUUCAGCCUGCACCUGAAACAUACGAACUAUUCGAUGAUAUUGUUCUCCUUGCCGAGGGACAAAUCGUGUACCAGGGUCCUCGAGAAAAUGUCAUCGAGUUUUUUGAGGCCAUGGGUUUCAGAUGUCCUGAUAGGAAAGGUGUUGCAGACUUCUUGCAAGAAGUUACUUCUAGGAAGGAUCAAUACCAGUACUGGUGUAGAAGAGAUGAGCCAUAUCUGUACGUCUCAGUAAAUGACUUCGUAGAGGCCUUCAAAGUAUUUCAUGUUGGGAAUGCAUUGGGAUUGGAGCUCGAAGUGCCCUUCGAUCGAACCAAGAACCACCCUGCUGCCCUCACAACAUCAAAGUUUGGUAUUAGCAGGAUGGAGCUUCUCAAGGCAUGCUUUUCUAGGGAGUGGCUGCUGAUGAAGAGGAACUCAUUCGUUUACAUCAUCAAAGUAGUGCAGCUCAUUAUCCUAGGAACCAUUGCAAUGACGGUCUUCCUGCGCACAAAAAUGCAUCGACAUGAUGUCGAAGAUGGAGUCAUCUUUCUAGGCGCGAUGUUCCUCGGCCUAGUUACACAUUUGUUCAAUGGUUUUGUUGAGGUUGCCAUGAGCAUUGCAAAGCUGCCAAUAUUUUAUAAGCAGAGAGAUCAUCUCUUCUAUCCAUCAUGGGCAUAUGCAUUGCCUACAUGGUUGCUCAAGAUCCCAAUAUCAUUCUUGGAAUGUGCUGUGUGGACUGGCAUGACUUACUAUGUCAUUGGUUUUGAUCCAAGCAUUGAAAGAUUCUUCCGUCAUUACCUACUGCUUGUACUAAUAAGCCAAAUGGCAUCUGGUCUUUUCCGGCUUCUUGCUGCAGUAGGAAGAGACAUGGUUGUUGCAGAGACAUUUGGCUCAUUUGCUCAGAUUGUCCUGCUAAUUCUUGGUGGAUUCUUGAUAGCAAGAAAUAACAUCAAGAAAUCGUGGAUUUGGGGUUACUGGUCCUCCCCUCUGAUGUAUGCCCAGAAUGCCAUAGCGGUGAAUGAGUUCCUUGGCAAUAGUUGGCAGGUGGUCGAUAGGACAGAAAAUAAUGACACACUCGGUGUCCAAAUCCUAAAGGCACGUGGCAUUUUUGUAGACCGAAACUGGUACUGGAUUGGUGUUGGAGCAUUGCUUGGAUACAUCAUGAUCUUCAAUUUACUCUUUGUACUGUUCCUUGACUGGCUUGGCCCACUUAGAAAAGGCCAAACUAUUGUUUCUGACAAGGGACUGAGAGAGAAGCAACAAAACCGUACUGGUGAGAAUGUUGAACUGCUGCCUCUUGGAACAGACUGCCAGAAUUCACCAUCUGAUGGAAGUGGAGAAAUCACCCGAGCAGACACCAAGAAGAGAGGAAUGGUACUUCCAUUUACGCCAUUGACAAUCACCUUUGACAAUAUCAAAUACUCCGUGGACAUGCCUCAGGAAAUGAAAAACAAAGGUAUUACUGAAGACCGGCUACUACUACUGAAGGGUGUAAGUGGAGCCUUCAGACCUGGAGCCCUUACGGCAUUGAUGGGAGUCAGCGGAGCGGGUAAGACAACUCUGUUGGAUGUGUUGGCAGGAAGGAAAACUAGUGGCUACACUGAAGGAGACAUUUAUGUAUCUGGAUACCCAAAGAAGCAAGAGACCUUUGCUCGGAUCGCUGGUUACUGUGAGCAAAGUGAUAUCCACUCUCCACAUGUCACUGUUUAUGAAUCCCUCCUAUUCUCAGCAUGGCUCCGGCUGCCCCCUGAAGUUGACUUGGAAGCAAGAAAGAUGUUUGUGGAGGAGGUUGCUGAACUUGUCGAGCUAAUGCCACUGAGGGGAGCAUUAGUGGGGCUGCCAGGAGUGGAUGGUUUAUCUACCGAACAGAGGAAGAGGCUCACUAUAGCAGUUGAGCUUGUUGCCAACCCAUCCAUCAUAUUCAUGGAUGAACCAACUUCGGGACUAGAUGCAAGGGCAGCUGCAAUUGUGAUGAGGACAGUCAGAAACACGGUCGAUACUGGACGAACAGUCGUCUGCACAAUCCAUCAGCCCAGCAUCGACAUCUUUGAAGCUUUUGAUGAGUUGUUCUUGCUAAAAUGGGGAGGUGAAGAAAUAUACGUUGGCCCCUUGGGAGACAAGUCAUGCCACCUAAUUAAGUACUUUGAGGUGAGGUUCGUUACUCACCUACUGAUACGAGGUGUGAAGAAAAUCAAGGACGGUUACAAUCCUGCAACAUGGAUGUUGGAAGUGACCACCCUAGCUCAAGAAGACGUUCUUGGGUGCAACUUUGCUGAAGUAUAUAGGAAUUCAGAUUUAUACCGGAAGAACAAAAAUUUGGUCAGUGAAUUAAGCACACCUCCACCUGGAUCCAAAGACUUGUACUUUCCAACACAGUACUCACAGUCCUCCAUCAUACAGUGCAUGGCUUGCCUAUGGAAGCAGCACAAGUCAUACUGGAGAAACCCGUCAUACACUGCAACUAGAAUCUUCUUCACCACACUUAUUGGCUUUGUAUUUGGAACCAUCUUCUUAAGCUUAGGCAAGAAAGUUGUCAAGAGACAGGACCUGUUUGACGCUUUGGGAUCCAUGUAUGCUGCGGUUCUUUUAAUUGGAGUUCAGAAUGGCCUAUCCGUACAACCGAUAGUAGAAGUUGAGAGAACAGUAUUCUAUCGAGAAAAGGCUGCUGGAAUGUACUCGGCUCUACCCUAUGCUUUUGCACAGGUUGUAAUUGAGAUCCCACACAUCUUCCUCCAGACCGUUGUCUAUGGUCUCAUCAUAUAUGCCUUGAUAGACUUUGACUGGACAGUCCAAAAGUUCUUUUGGUACAUGUUUUUCAUGUACUUCACGUUCAUGUACUUCACAUUCUACGGGAUGAUGUUAGUUGCCAUGACACCAAACAGUGACAUCGCCGCCCUAGCUUCAACUGCAUGCUAUGCAAUAUGGAAUAUCUUUGCUGGCUUCAUUAUCCCCAGACCAAGGAUACCAAUAUGGUGGAGAUGGUACUCGUGGGCAUGCCCAGUGGCUUGGACACUAUAUGGACUUGUGGCUUCCCAAUUUGGAGAUAUUAUAGAUGUUGAGCUGGAAGAUGGGGAAAUAGUAAAAGAUUUCAUCAACAGAUUCUUUGGGUUUACGCAUGAUCACUUGGGUUACGCAGCCACUGCUGUUGUUGGUUUCACUGUUUGCUUUAGUUUCAUGUUUGCCUUCUGCAUCAAAGUAUUCAACUUCCAGAUAAGAUAAGAACACAUCUCAAACAGAUUCAGCUAUGAAUAAGCUCACUUUUAAUAUAGGCACAAAAUAAAUGUAAGAUAAUAGUAGCGCGUGUGUAGAACAGAGUUGGUUACUUAAAUGUUAUUUUCGCUUAA